AGAGUUAUUUCCCCUCCGCAAACACACACACACACAUAUCCAAGAUGGCAGACCCAGAGACGACCGAAGCUGGUGACAAAGUCCCGGUUAAAUGUGUCUUUUGUGACAUUUGUUCGGGACGGAGCGACAAGGAGAAAGUUUUAUAUGAGGACACUGAUGUCGUCGUAUUCCCAGAUAUUCGACCAGUGAGUAGUCACCAUUAUCUUGUUACCCCAAAACAACAUAUACGAGAUGCAAAACACCUAACAAGUGAGAAUAUUGGACUUGGUUUAAGUAUGGAACGAGGUGAUGAAGAACUUGUUGAAGAGUUCAUUCCUUAUUCCAGGGAAAUGGGUCUGUCGAACGUGACCCCAAACGGACGGAAACAGUUGUUAUUGAAGAAGAUGGGUUUUCAUUGGCCCCCGUUUCACAGUGUUAACCAUCUCCAUCUUCACGUUAUUUCUCCACUCAAAGAAAUGAGAUCUUUGUCUCGAGCCAUGUUCAAACUCAACUCCUUUUGGUUCGUCAGUCCAGUUUGGGUUCUUGCCAGACUGAAGAAUUCCGCUGCAAAACAAGCUGGAAACUAACAAGUUUCCUGAUGAUGAUGAUGAUGAUGAUGACGAUGAUGAUGGUGAUGGUGGAGGUGAAAAAAACGAUGUCAGUGACGAUGAGAUGAUGGUGAUGCCCUAAAAUAAACAUAUGAAGAAACUCCA